AUGAGCGACACAUUCAUGCUCCAUCCCCAGGGGAAUGGUAUAUCUCAUGUCAGCGCCAAUAUCAGUAGCAGGGAGCGCGCUGCUGACCAAUUGAGCGCGAAAAUCAUGGGUUCUCCCGAGGCCCCUAUUGCCACGGGGGAUUUUGCCAAGUGGUCAGUUGUACGACCCCAACCCCCCACUGAGAAUGUGUCUCCCGUGGGGUCUUCCGUCAUCAAUAUGGCGCAACAUUCGGCGAGCCCCGCGCUCUCUGUGAAGAGGCCAUAUUCCGCAGGGGCCAUGCCCGAUCACUACGACUCGGAAGCUUUGAGUAAUCAAGGUUUCAUUUCGAGCGGGAGCAUCGAAGUCGCCUCCCCACACUCUGGCAAGGUGCGCCAGCACCCGUCGCAGACGCGACCAAGACGUUCGAGCAAGAAGCUAGGCAAUAUGCUCGGACUUCCUGGCAGCCGUAUCACAGGGGAUAGAGGCAUCCGUAAGACUAGCCCGUCCAAGAGCGACACCCGACUCCCUCGACUUUCAGCGUACUCGGCAGACGACCUCGCCGGGAGGUGCCGGCAAGAGCUGUCGCAAUCCGAUAUGUUGCAGAUGCGCUCGAGUCCCACCCUGCAGGAACAUGCGUCCAAGGGGCAGCCCAGCGACAGGCUGGCAGGUUUUGCUGCACGGCCAAAGGGGGUCCCGGAAUCCACGAGGGGGCUGAGCCUUGAUCAAAAAUCCGCUGGAGGCGUCUCUGCGGUAGCCGCAGGUACAUCACCACAUGGGAUCUUUCUACAGCCAGAAACUCAUCCUAUAACAGAAGAGCAAUUGAUCAGUGAAGUUCGAGGCAUCUACGCCGGGCUCGUUAUGGUCGAGAAGAAAUGUAUCGAGAUCGACAAGCAACAGUCCGAAUCGAAGAACAAUCUAUCCCGCCCGCAGUGGCAGGCUCUUAUCGCAUUGCAUCGGACGCUAUUGAACGAGCAUCACGACUUCUUUCUGGCUUCGCAGCAUCCGUCUGCGAGCCUCGUCCUCAAACGCCUGGCUGAGAAGUAUGCCAUGCCGGCUCGCAUGUGGCGUUACGGAAUUCAUUCCUUCUUGGAAUUGCUGCGGCAUCGGCUCCCUGAUUCCCUGGAACACAUGCUGACCUUCAUUUACCUGGCUUACUCAAUGAUGACCUUAUUAUUAGAAAGCGUGCGCGCCUUUGAAGACACGUGGAUUGAAUGCCUAGGUGACCUGGCAAGGUAUCGUAUGGCUGUAGAGGAAGUGGAUCUGCGAGACCGCGAGGUCUGGGCUGGAGUGGCCCGUUACUGGUACAAUAAAGCGGCAGACAAGAAUCCCGAUGUUGGCAGAAUCCAACACCACCUUGCCGUUUUGGCUCGUCCAGAUAUUAUCCAGCAGCUGUUCUACUAUACCAAGUCGUUGGUCAGCUUGCACCCGUUCCCCAGCACGAGGGAGAGCAUACCGUCGUUGUUCAACCCGCUACUGAACGCUCCUAAAGCGCACCACCACUAUCCAGUCAUCGCAGCAUUUGUUGCCGCUCAUGGCUGCCUUUUCUACAGGGAACCAUCAACUCGAUUUCUGAAAUCAGCAAAGGACUUUCUGUCCCCUUUGGAUACUCAUGUUGGCCGGAUGAGUGCCGCCUUCAAAACGCAGGGCGUUUACAUAUCUUCAUGUAAUUUCGCCGGUCUCUUUGAAUAUGGCCAGCCGGACGCUCUUCUCCCCGCUGCUUUUCAUCAAGAUGGAGUCCAGCAAGGGCAAUCCCUCGCAGACAUUCAUCAGGCUGCCACGGAUAUGUGGACUCCUGCUUGUGACCUGCAUCUUGUUGAAGCUGAUCUCAUGGCAUCUAGAAACGCUCACGGUUCUUCGCGCCUCAUCUUCUAUGGCUCUUAUCUAACCUCUCAGACACUCUCCGUGAUGCUCGACCAGAUUGGGAACAAAAAUAUCUAUCCCGCAGUGCAUAUUUCUUUGGCAUUUCUUUGGUGUUUGGCCUCCAACAUCAGGGGCAUCCAGUAUGUUGAGCCUGUAGUGCCGUGGAGAAAGAUUGUCCGCUUUCUGAAUACCAUGAUUCGCGAUGAUACGGAUACAAGACUUUUUGAAGGUCCCGACUUCCCUGCUGCCGAAGAAAGGAAGCAGCUGCCGGAGGACUUUUAUAUACGUGGUCAGAUCUGGAGCCAGUCUUAUUAUGCGCCUCACUUUUUCGACGGUGCUCUGACAGAAGACGAGGGACGAUUCAUCGAAGUACCAUCUUUGAAUGUUUCGAGGUUGUAUAGGUGUCUAUGGCUUGGUGUGCGGAUUGCGACGUUCAACCGUUGGAUGACAUACGAUACCGUCUCUCGAAGAUUUUCCGCAACAACAUUUGCCCUGGAGCUUGACAGAAUCGCGCAACGCUAUAAUCCUUUCGGUGAUGUUGCGCCGGGAGAGUUCGCGCCCCAGGAUAUUGAAAUGCGUGAUCCAGAAGAACACCGGGUCUUGUUGAGUGCCUGA